AUCAAAUAAUUUUUUUUAUUAAAAUAUAUCAACAAAAAUAGAUAGAAAAACCAAUGUGACAAGUACAUGGACAACAAUAAAAGUCCUUAGCAUAGUUUUGGAUUGAAUAUAAUUAGAGAAGAAUAAAAGUAGGGGUUAAUUUAUAUAAUUUACAGUAAUUUUUUUUUACUGCAAUAAAAAUGCGAAAUUGUAGGGAAAGCAAAAACUCCUAACGGCUUUUCCUGGGAAGAUGUAGAGCCACUACUAGACGUUUGAGAGAAAAAAUUCAAAUCCGAUUCCAAUUUUCCUUUUUUAGAAUCAAGUUCCAUUUUUUUUUCUUCCUUUCUCUCUCCUUGUUUGCCUUCUUCGCUUUGUUUCUAUCAUUGUUAUUCAUCAAUUAAAACUAAGAAAAAAGAAAUAAGCGUGAAAAAUUCAAGGCGAAAGAGGCAAAUAUGAAUGAGAAAGCGUCUGUGUCCAAGGAGCUCAACGCCAAGCACUCCAAGAUAUUGGAGGGUCUUCUCAAGCAGCCGGAGAAUAGGGAAUGUGCAGAUUGUCGAAGCAAGGCUCCACGAUGGGCAAGUGUAAACCUUGGAAUAUUUAUAUGCAUGCAAUGUUCAGGAAUCCAUAGGAGUCUUGGAGUACAUAUCUCAAAGGUACGGUCCACUACUUUGGAUACAUGGCUACCAGAGCAGGUUGCUUUCAUGCAGUCAAUGGGUAAUGAGAGGUCUAACGAUUAUUGGGAAGCGAAUCUGCCGCCCAAUUAUGACAGAAGUGAGAAUGAGAGAUUUAUCCGCGCCAAGUAUGUGGAGAAAAAAUGGGUUUCAAAGAAAGCAACACAACCAACUACAAAGCCAAGUGAAAAGAGUAGUAAUUUCCACAAGUCAAUGGAAAGUGGAACUAGAAGUGGGAUUCGUAGUAAAACAAGGAAAUUGUCUCUUGAGGAAGAAAUUUUUACUAACCAUAUAGCUCAAAUUGCUCCUCCAGCAGGAAGAACCCGAUGGGGUUCUUUAGAUCUGAAUAAGAUUUCACCACCUGAAAAAGGACCACCAUUCACAGGAUGCAACACAUCCUUGAAUAAGGGUAAUGCUACUACAGAUCUCUUCCACUUGCCUUAUGUUCAAGAUGCAAAACCAAGGCGAUCUAUUGCAUCUUCUUCGUACUACUCUUCCUGGGCGACCUUUGAGUGAGAAAAUUUGUCUGAGAGACCAGCAUACAGAAUUAUCUCCAAGUAGCCUUUGCCUUGGGAUUAGAACUUUCAGUUAAUUGAUGGAAAUGGACGGUUCAUGAAGGGAUUCUAUUAAGGUAUCCAGUUGAAUUCGCUCCUUUGCCACUGGUGCUGAGAUCUCACAAGCUUGCAUUUAUUCCUACAAAUAUUAAGGCUCCAAAGUUAAGACUAUUUGCAUAUUAUGCAGUCAAGGAGAAGUGGGCAUCCUUUCCUUGUUAUCCUUCCAAAUUUAAUUUGUUUUUACAGGCAGAUCUCUGAAUUGAGAAAGAUAUGAUUUUUUAAGACAUUUAUUUAAUAGUAACCAUGCCAAGUGUAAUUGAUUUGCUUAA